AGAACAUUGCGUUAUAUUCUUUUUUUGUGUUGCAGGUUUCGAUCUGAAAGAUGUGUUCGUGAACCUGAGCUGCCGAGAGGUCAAGAGGUGACAUACCUCUCCAAAGCUCCACUGGAAACAAAUGCUCUUCUGCCAUGUUUCCAGGCAUGGACCAGACUCGGCCUCCUCUGAUCCUUACCCUACCUUUAUGUGGAACAACACCGUAUUCGAACAUCUCGCGCUGCAUCCUGACCCCGGUGUGGGCUGGGUGUAUGUUGGAGCGCAGGAUCAUCUCUUCCAGUUAGAUCAGUUCCUCCAGCCCAAAGUCCAGGUUAACACUGGACCUGUCAGAGACAGUCGAGAGUGUUUGCCUCCCGUUACGGAGAGCAACUGCCCACAAGCAAGGAAAACCAGCAAUCACAACAAGCUUCUGCUGGUUGAUCCUUUCUCUAUGGAGCUCAUUACCUGCGGCAGUGUCAACCAGGGGAUCUGCCAGAAGCGCAGUUUGGAUUCGGUGGAUACAGUACUUUUCUCCACAGAGAAGCCGGUGGACAGUCAGUAUGUGGCAGCCAACCACCCCAACGUUAGCACCAUUGGCCUCGUGGUUUUCUCCCAUGCAGACAGGCAACCACUUUUGUUUGUGGGCAGGGGAUACACCACCAGCCAUCCGCCCAUUUCUACGCGAAACCUGGCCCAGGAGCCCAUCUUUUCAUACGAGGACGCUGCCAAGCUGGCUGUGGCCGGGCGGCUGUCGGAAUACGACCACCAUUUUAUAACCUCAUUCGCCCACCUUCGCCAUGUGUACUUCCUCUUCUACAGGCGGGACCUGAAGUCACAGUCUCGGGAAUACCGCACUUACGUGUCCCGCAUAUGUUUGGAUGACGAGGCGUAUUACUCCUAUGCAGAAGUACCCCUGAUGUGUCACUCCAGGGCCGGUAAAACGUACAACCUCCUGCAGGCGGCCCAGCUCGGGCUGUCUGCGGGGGGUGCCACCAGUCAGCGUUCUGCUAUUCUUUUUGGGGUCUUCUCCACUCAACUGGCCUCCUCAGCAAAGCCCAGUGAGGACUCUGCCCUGUGCAUGUUUGAGCUGGACGAUGUGGACCAGAGGAUUAACUCUACCAGAGACCUGUGCUACACACAGAUGGGGAGAGAAGCAGGAGCAGAGGCAGCGUACAUCGAGUAUGAGGUCAAAUCCAGCUGUGCUAACCUGCCAGAGAACACACUGGAUGCCUACCCGUGUGGCUCUGACCACACUCCCAGCCCAAUGGCCAGUCGGAUUGGCGUGGAAGUAGAGACCAUAUUGGACAGCCCAUCUGCUCGUCUCACAGCUGUGGCGGUCAGCAUUAAGGCUGGACACACCAUUGUGUUCCUGGGAGAUUCCAAAGGAUAUCUGCACAAGGUGUUCUUGGGGCCAAAUGGUGAGGUGGAGGAAUAUUCCGUGAUCCUCAUUCAACAGAAUGCUGCUAUCAGUUCAGAACUCAUCCUAGACCAGAGAGAAGAGCAUCUAUUCAUCAUGACAUAUAACAUGCUUCAGAAAAGGCCAGUGACUGAAUGCGAGCAGCAUCCCGACUGCCACUCCUGUCUGCUGGCCCACGACCCUUUCUGUGGUUGGUGUGUCCUGGACGGAAGGUGCGUGUUAAAAUCCCAGUGCAGUCGUGGGAGCUCCUCGGGUCAGUGGCUGUGGAGUUUUGACAUGGAGCAACAGUGUUUGACCAUCCAGGACCUCAGCCCCUCCAACAUCAGCAGGGAGGAGAUCAAGAUGGUGUCAAUGUCCAUCCCAGGACUUCCUUUGUUGGAAAAAGGUGAAUCCUACUCCUGCUUCUUCCAGGACACACACAGUCCUGCCAAUGUCACCCAAUCUGGAGUCACGUGCUAUUCUCCUGAUGUGAGGAGAAUACCCAUGGUGCCUUCGGGAAAAGAUUUUGUGAGCCUCACCUUGUCUCUGCGUUUUGGGGAUGUCAUUGUCACAGCAAGGGAUUACACCUUCUAUGACUGUACAGCUGUUAAGCAGCUGUCCGGCAGCACGCCUUGUCGAGGAUGCGUUUUGAGCAGAUGGGGCUGCAACUGGUGUGUUAAGGGUCACUCCUGUACCCACAAGCCUGUGUGUGAGGAAGGAGUGAUCAUCUACAACCAACAUUUUAAACUCCCCACCUCAUCCCCUACCACUGCCACUGUGAUUAAUGCCAUCACAACACCAGCUGCCUCAGCAAACACCAUUAAUCUCGCCACGACAUCUUUAAUUCCCGUCACCUUGGCAGCUAUUCACAAGUCAACCUCAUCUCUCACACACAAUGGAAACGCCACCACUGAGCCGGUAACCACACCCACCACUCUGCCCCUCCUGCCCACCAAAUCUGCCUCCUCCACGACUCCAGCUGUGGAGGGCCCCACCAGCAGGAAGGAUGGCAGCAUAGACCAGCGGGUGGUCACUCAGAGCCCGUCCAAAGAAGCUCCCGCUAAACCCAGUGUCCUGAUGGUGGUGGCAGAGUCGAUGCCCGGUACUGUGGCUGAUGGCCUCAGUGGAGACCAGGACCCUACGAUUCCUUUACUGAUCUCGGCCAUCUCUCCACCGGACGUUGUGGUGGAGUCCAGCUUUAACACGACCCAGGAAGUGGACGGAGCAUUGGGUCUGGCAGAGGUUUCUACCCUGGCCUCGUCCGGCGUCCCCCUGCCCACUGCCUUCUCUGUGGAGGGAGCAGCCGAUUCUGAACCCAUUCUUUAUCUCGAUCAAAACAAGACUCCCGCGCCAACAGCAACAGGGAACUCAAGUAUCAAUACUGACAUCGUCCUCUGGUCAAACAAAUCAAACGAGUAUGCUGAAGUUGGCACAGAGUCGGCCAAUGAUAAAGCUACAUCUUCAGUGACCACUCUGAUCUCUGGUGAUGGGGAAGUCCCACUUGGUCUCACAUCUUAUCCACAACUAAUGGACACAGACUCAGAGCUAGAACUGGACUAUCAUUUUGAUGCAGCUGACUCUUUUCUUCCGGGUGAUGAAGUUUCCUACAUCAGCUGGGGAGCCUCAGCUUGUCCCUGUGUGGAGAAGGUCCAGGGUGUGUCUCUACUUCCGGUCAGAGUGAAGAGGAAGAUUACCUUACUGGCCCGCAACUUACACCUCUACCAGGAUGCAGAACUGGACUACGAGUGUGUGUUGGUUAUCGAGGGCAAAACGGUGACGGUGGACGCUUAUGUUGAAGCCGCCGAGAUGAAUCCCUCAGACUUUGAUAUUACCUGUCAACUUCACCAGUACACGUAUUCUGCUCCAGUGGAAGAAUAUAAGGCCAUGAUAUAUGUGAAGAGGAGGAACACCUUCCACGUGGACAGCUCUCCAGAUCUAUACGUGACUCUGUACAACUGCUCCGUGGGCCGAUCUGACUGCAGCCGCUGCCACACAGCUGACCCAAAAUAUGGCUGUGUGUGGUGUGGAGGUCCCCAGGCCAACUGCUUGUAUUCCGACUCCUGCAGAGAACUCGUUCAACACACAUGUCCUGCUCCCAUCAUACACUCCAUUGAGCCUCUCUCUGGCCUGUUGGAAGGAGGCACCAUGGUGACCAUUUCAGGCUCCAACCUGGGCCAGAAGGCUGAAGACAUCCUCCACUCUGUGUCAAUAGCCGGGGUGCCUUGUAUUGUCAGUGCAGACCAAUACGAGGUCUCCUCCAGGAUAGUGUGCAAGACCCAGCCCAGUAGAGAAGAGAAGGUGGGCCACGUUUCGGUAGAAGUGAGUGGAGGAGAGUUUGGACUGUCCACUCAGACAUUCAGUUAUCAGGAUCCAUUUGUGAUGGCUGUAUCACCUCAAAGAGGCCCAAAGGCAGGUGGAACAGCCCUGACCAUAAUGGGUAGAAACCUGCUUACAGGUGACGCUUCUGACCUCAGCAUCACUGUGGGAGGGGUGCCCUGUAAAAUUGUAUCAGAGAUACAAAAGGCCAGUGUUCAGUGUGUAACAGGCAGCAGUGACAAGACCGGAGACCAUCGGGUCACACUCCAUUAUGGCAUGACCCACCGCCAUCUCCACAGUUCUUUCUACCAGUACACCCCUAAUCCCAACCUCACACAUGCCUCGCCUGCCAAGAGCUUCCUCAGUGGGGGUCGACUAAUCCGAAUAUUGGGCCAUAACCUGGAUGUGGUGCAGGAGCCCCAGAUGUUGAUCACCUUCUCCCCCCACGACUCCAGGAGUGAGAAUCCAAGACGGAAGCAGAGAGGGAAGAGGGGGUACUUAGGGAAGGGAGAGGUUAGGGAGAGGAUAGCCAGAAGGCUGGUCAGGAGUGUUUUAGACCAUCCUGACUCUCCGUGUUCUGGAGACACACUCUGCUCGGUCAAACAGUUCACUGAGCGAUGCAAGGUCAACUCCUCCUCCUUGAUGUUUUGCCGCUCUCCAAAAGUGGACUCAGACAUAUUAGGCUCAAAGUUCACCGUGGAGUUUCAACUAGACAGCCUGCGCUUUGACUUCCGCAGUUUGAGCUCUCAGGCUUUCAGCUACGAGCCCAACCCGGUCCUGCAGCGCCUGAACCAGCAGGACCCCCGGAAGGCCUUCCGCUACAACCCCGGCAGCUUCAUCCAGCUGGAGGGGGACAACUUGGACUUGGCCAUCACUAAAGAGGAGGUGGUGGUGCUGAUAGGGGAUGGUGUUUGUGCCGUCAAGACUCUGACCAGAAACCAUCUGUACUGUGAGCCCCCCCCGCAGCAGCCUGUACCGGCUUGUAGCAAAUGCGAGGGCUCUGAUGAUCUGCCGGAAUUCAUUGUCCAAAUGGGCAAUUUAAACUUCUCCCUUGGCAAGAUCCAGUAUGACAACCUCAGCCUGUCUACAUUUCCACUGGAGGCUCAGAUUGGAGUUGGAGUUGGAGCCUCCAUAGUGGUCCUCCUUGUCCUCAUAAUUGUUUUCAUCUACAGGAGGAAGAGCAAGCAAGCUUUAAGGGAUUACAAGAAGGUCCAGAUCCAACUGGAGAACCUGGAGACCAGUGUGAGAGACCGCUGCAAGAAAGAGUUUACAGACCUGAUGACGGAGAUGAUGGACAUGUCCAGCGACCUGGUGGGCUCAGGCAUCCCGUUUCUGGACUACCGGAUGUAUGUGGAGCGGAUUUUCUUUCCGGGCCACCGAGAGUCUCCACUGAGGCGAGAGCUUGACGUCCAGGAGUGUCGGCGCCAGACGGUGGAGCAGGGUUUGGUGCAGUUGUCCAACCUGCUCAACAGCAAGUUAUUCCUUACAAAGUUUAUUCACACUCUGGAGAGCCAGCGGACCUUCUCUCCCAGGGACCGGGCCUACGUAGCCUCCCUGCUGACUGUGGCACUUCAUGGCAAACUGGAGUAUUUCACAGACAUUCUCAAGACCCUCCUGAAUGACCUGGUUGAGCAGUACGUGGCCAAGAACCCCAAACUUAUGCUGCGAAGAACAGAGACCGUGGUGGAGAAGCUUUUGACCAACUGGAUGUCCAUCUGCCUCUAUGCUUUCCUCAGGGACUCAGCAGGGGAGUGUCUUUACAUGUUGUUCCGGGCCAUAAAACACCAGGUAGAUAAAGGUCCGGUGGAUGCUGUAACAGGAAAGGCCAAGUACACCCUCAACGACAAUCGCCUGCUGAGAGAGGAUGUGGAGUACAAGACUCUGACACUGAAUGUUAUAGUGCAGGGUGGAGGAGUGACUGAGACUCAGCCCGUUCCUGCCAAAGUUCUGGACUGUGACACGAUCACGCAGGUGAAAGAAAAGAUCCUGGAUCAGGUGCACAAGGGCAUCUCUUUCUCCUAUCGGCCCCAGGCUGAGUCAUUGGACUUGGAGUGGAGAUCGGGGGUCGCUGGUCAUCUCAUCUUGUCAGAUGAGGACUUAACAUCUGUCCUGCAGGGCAGUUGGAAACACCUCAACACGCUGCAGCAUUACAAGGUCCCAGAUGGAGCUACAGUAGCGCUGGUCCCUCGCCACAACAAAAGCAUUCACCAUGACAACCACGACUACUUAGCUGGAGAGAAAACCCCGAUGCUUGAGGAUACGGACGAGGAAGGAGUGAAACUGUGGCAUUUGGUGAAGGCCAGCGAGGAGACUGAGGUGCCCAGACACCGCAGGGGCAGCCUCAGGGAGAGAGCCAAGGCUAUCCCUGAGAUCUACCUCACCCGCCUCCUGUCCAUGAAGGGGACACUGCAGAAGUUCGUAGAUGAUCUGUUUACAGUGAUACUCAGCACCAGCCGCCCAGUACCGCUGGCGGUCAAAUAUUUCUUUGAUCUGCUGGAUGACCAAGCAGCAAAAAACAACAUAAGCGACCCUGAAACAAUCCACAUUUGGAAGACUAACAGUCUUCCUCUACGUUUCUGGAUCAACAUCAUAAAGAACCCUCAGUUUAUCUUUGAUGUCCAGGCGUCCGACCACGUAGAUGCUGUGCUUUCUGUUAUCGCACAGACCUUCAUGGACUCGUGCACCAUUGCCGAGCACAAGCUUGGACGAGAUUCGCCCAUUAACAAGUUGCUGUAUGCCAGAGACAUCCCCCGCUACAAACAGAUGGUGGAAAGGUACUAUGCGGACAUCAGGCAGACCAUCUCAGCCAGUGACCAGGAGAUGAACUCGGCCCUGGCUGAACUGUCCAGGAACUACUCUGGAGAGCUCAACUACAUGGUUGCUCUGCAUGAGCUGUACAAGUACAUCAACAAAUACUAUGAUCAGAUCAUCACGGCACUGGAGGAGGACCCCACAGCCCAGAAGAUGCAGCUGGGCUACCGACUGCAGCAGAUCGCUGCUGCAGUGGAGAAUAAAGUCACCGAUUUGUGAAAGGAAACCCCAUUUUUUUUCCCCAGAGGAAAACCAGUUUGUUCUAAGUGUUGAGAACACAAAGGCUCAGACUGAAUCCAGCACAUUUUAGUUUCGGUUGCUUUUUGAGCAGUCUGUAUACUCAGUGGACAGGAUGAACGCACGCCGUAAAUACUGGACUAGUUCAGUUACCUGUCAGGGCUACUGGAGGUCACUUAGCGUUUUACAUUUAGAUGACCCCCCCCCUUCUGGAAUAUUUUUUUAGAAUGCAUCUCAUGCCUUGUGUACUUCCCACAGACGGAAGGUCAUUCUUUUUGUGUCUGUGUGUUAGUGUGUGUGCACAUGCGCUUUCAGACUUAUCCCGACUCCCUCGUCAACUGUCACACUUUUGGUUCUUGGUACAAAGUUACAGUUGGAUGAACCAUGAACUUCAGAAUGAUUUUUUUUCCACGUUUUUGGACCAACACUUGCUUGAGCCGUAACUCCCUGUAGUGCUGUUCUACCUCAGCCCCCUGUGCUGCCGUUUUCAGUUGUUUCUCUUUCACUAAGAAGUCAGUUCUGUGCUGCGUAGUUCAUGUUGUGACUAAUAAUACUACUGGUUGAGCAAGUCCUUAGACUUUUCACACUUGACAUGUUUCAAAUACCAACUGAUGUUUACUGAUUUAGGACUGAAAUCCACAUUGUUUAUGUAACAGGCUUUAUUGAUUAAAGCCUCUUUAAUUUGAAUAGGUUCCCCUUUGAUAAGCAUUCACUAAAUGACUGCCCUUUUUGCUCGGGGUGAGAAUUCAGUUGGGCCGUCUUCAGGUACCUUUAGGUAUAACAACUGGUUUUAAGCUAGUAUUAGGGGAAAUGCGAAUCGAUGGAUAGAAUCUACCAGUGCCAGUAGGAUAUUAUUUUUGUGUCUGAGAGUUUAUAUGUAUUUUUAAGAGUGUCAAUUUUCACAAACCUCUUAUAUUUCAAAGCCGUUUAUGCUGCACAAACUUUUAAUCACAGUAGUCAUGUGAUGCCAACCAUGUUGCUAAAAUCUUGUGUGUACAGACACAGGAAAUGAGAUAAAAAUGUUGAUGCCAAACAGGAAAAAGACAAACAAUUCAAGUGCAAAAUAUCUUUUUUUCAAUACCCUCUUAAAGAGUGUUAACAUAUGUGAGCUUGAGCCUAAAAAUGGCUCAGUAAGUCUACAUACAACCCACAGGUUUGUCAUUACAUUAUUAAACACCAAAUGUAAUGCCUAGCAUAGGGGGAUUGUUCUGUUUUACAGUGUUUCAAUGAAAUACAACUCAAUGAUGAUUGAGACAAACCAUGGGAAGGAAAACUAACUGCUGCGCUGUGUAGAGUUAACAAUGUAGAGGAGGCUCUGCAAAGAGCAUUUUUAAGGAUGUUUAUGUUUACAUCAUUGUAUAUACUGAUUGAAAUGUCUCUAUAGGGAGUGUACAUUUUCACAGAUUUAAUAAAGUUUUCUUAAA